AAAAGAAUUAUACUUAGAAGUGAAAAUAUAAAACAAGAUGGCAAAAGCUUGUUUAAAGAUGGCAAUAUUAUUUAUCAUUGCAUCACAAUGCAUCUUACUUUCAAUGGCAUGUGCAUCUAAUGGAGACUGUUUGCAUUAUAGAUGUGAUAUUGGAAAUCAUCCCAUCUGUUCUAGAAAUCUAUGCACGUGUGUACCAGAUUCACUAGAUGCAGUCCAAUAUUGUCAUAAUGAUAAUGAUUGUAAACCUCUAUGUCCUCCAAAUUGUGGAAUUACAAAUUGUAUUGGUGGAAGAUGUAUUUGUAGUUGUUAAACAAUAUCAUUCAACACAUAAUUUUGA